UCCGCCCGAUCCCGCUCUGCCCAGGCAGGAGCGCGGUCGCGUCCCCGGCUGGCGCGGCAGGAGGGAUGCGAGGGGGGAAAAACCGGCGGCGCCGCGGAGGCUCCGCCCGCUCCCGGUUGCGGCGGAGGGGGGCGGCGGGAGCGCGUCCCGGCCGGGGCCGGAAAACUUUGCUGGCGGCCGCGGCGGGGGUGGUGAUGGUGUUGGUGCUGGUGGUGCUCAUCCCGGUGCUGGUGAGCUCCGCCGGUACCGACGGCCGGUACGAGAUGCUGGGCACCUGCCGGAUGGUCUGCGAGCCCUACGGCCCCGCCGCCCCCCCACAACCGGCCGAACGCGGCCCCCUCCCGCCGCCCUCCACCCUGGUGCAAGGUCCUCAAGGCAAACCGGGGAGACCGGGGAAACCGGGACCGCCUGGACCGCCCGGAGAACCGGGACCGCCGGGGCCGGUGGGGGCGCGGGGUGAAGCAGGAAGACCGGGACCCCCGGGAUUACCGGGACCGGGCGCUACGGGCGCAGUGAGCGCGGCCACCUACAGCACGGUGCCGCGGGUCGCCUUCUACGCCGGCCUCAAGAACCCCCACGAGGGCUACGAGGUCCUCAAGUUCGACGACGUGGUCACCAACCUGGGCAACAGCUACGACGCCGCCUCGGGCAAGUUCACCUGCGCCAUCCCCGGCACCUACUUCUUCACCUACCACGUCCUCAUGCGCGGCGGCGACGGCACCAGCAUGUGGGCCGACCUCUGCAAGAACGGGCAGGUAAGGGCUGCCCGUCCCGGCUCCCCCUGCGGGAGCAGGAGCUCUGCUGUCCCCAAGCACGGGAGAAGGGCUACGGGCGCUUCCACGGGGUGCCCCGUCCUUUCCUGGCCCCAGUGAUGCACCUCCAGGUUGCCACAACCUCUUUGUGCUGAUGAUGGACUGCGGGUGCUUCCUCAGGGGCCAUGUCCUUUUCCCAGCCCCAGAGAUGCAUUCCCAGGGUGUCACAUCCUUCUCCCAGUGGCAGUGAUGGGCUCUGAGUCCAUCCCCAGGGUGUCACAUCCUUCUCCCA